AUGAAUUAAGAUAAAAAUUAACAAUAACCUGAAGCAAAGAAGAAAUCGAUUCCAUUUUCCAAAAAGUUUAAAAGAGCAAAGAGACAUUUUAUUAAAUUUUUAAAAAAUCCAAGUACAAUUUAAGCCCUCUAUUUUUGCAUGUAAGUAAUAAUUAAUUAUAUUGGAAUUGCUUCAUUUAUUUUACUUAUCUAUUAUUUCUUUUACUAGAGGUACUUAUUUAUUAAUCAAAAUAGUUUUGUCUAUUUCAUUAUAGUUUUAUCAAUAUUUUGUAUUUUUUAUGUGACUUACUAAGGAGUAAACAUUAUUCAUUACAAAACAAUAAUUGAAAUUUAGACUUUUGAUGAUACAAAUACUUUGACAUAAAAAGAUGAAUAGAAAGAAUCAAAAGGAUGGAAAUAUUAUUGUUAAAUAGUUGGACUAAUAUUAGCAUCAUUAUUAAUGUCAGAUCUUCCAAUAUUGAAUUUUUAAAUUGUGAAAUAAGUUAAAUAAAUAGAAGAUUAAUUAAAAUAUGAGGAUGAAUAAGAUGUUAAACGAAGAAAAUAAGCAAGCAAAGCUUAAGAUAAAUCUAAUUAGCCUGAUAUUAAUUAGUUAAAUUUAGAAUAUGGUACUAAAAUAACUGCUUUAAAAAAUAAAAAAAAGAAUAGAUUAUGGUUAAUUCCAUACAAAUUUGGAUGUUCUGCAAUAUUUGGUUAUGUUCCAAUAGUAUUUAUAUUAGCUGUUUGGUUAAUUUGCAAUUAAUAAUAAAUUGAUGUAUUUGGUAAAUUACAAAAUGCAAUUCUUACUUCAAGUUAUGGAUGUUUAAUUUGUGCAAGUAUAAUUUGCUUAUAUGAAAUUUAAUUUUUUGAUAAGACAGCCACCGGUAUUUAUGAGUAAAUAAUUUAAUAUUAUUUUUUAGUGCUACUAAAUGGUUUAUAUGCAGAUUAGUUGAAUUAUUAUGUAAAUCAUUAUUAAUAGGAUAUUAUAUAAAAUUUAGCUUAUAUGAAACAAUACCUCUCUUAAUAAUUGGAGUAGGAUAUUUAUUCUACAGUAUAUCAUGCACAUUUUUAUUUACUUUAUUUGAUUAUGAAAAAAAAGGAGAAUAAUCUUAAUAAUAAUCAGAAAGACAAGAUCAAGAAUAAUAAGAAAUCAAUAAAUAAGAAAAUAUUAAUUUGCCUAUAGAAAAAGGGUUGGCUUAUGUAAUGAAGUGUUAUCUCAAAUCAUUUCUCCUUAAUAUUUAUGCCAGAACUUUAUUUUUACCUUAUAAAGAAAGUGCUUUAGGUAUGAAAACUCUAUCAUUCUUUUAAAUAACUUAUGGAGUUGAUAAAAAAAUGUUAAGAGAAGAAGUAGCACCUGAUAAUUGGAAAAAUUUAAUGAUCACUUAUGAUUAAUACAAGAAAUUUGGACUUCCAAGAAGAUCAUAUACUCAUAUUGUAUAAUCUUUAAGAUUUUUUGAAUUUUUCCAUUUGGCUCUAUUUUGUAUUUGUUAAAACAUCAUAUAAGGAUAAUAUCUUGAAAUAGUAGAACCAAAAAAAUUAUCAUUAUAUUAUUCAGGAAAGAUACUCACAGUUUUCAGUAUUAUCAUCUUAUUGUUUUAUUACCUUAGAGCUGGAUAUAGAACUAUUCAUGAAAAACAAUUAGAUAUCACAGGAAUUGAUGAAUGA